AUGUCCUCUCUUUCUGUGACUGAUCUAUUCGGCGUCAGUGGGCGAGUUGCCCUGGUGUCCGGGGGAUGCUCGGGCCUUGGUUUAAUGAUCGCAAAGGGUCUGGUCUCGAAUGGUGCAAAGGUAUAUGUCACUGCACUACCGACAGAUGACAUUGAAGCAGUGGUGACUGAGCUCAAUGACAUGGGACUGCCAUCUGGGGGCAAGGCUAUUGGAUUUGCGAGCGAUCUGUCUUCAAAAGGAGGCAUUGCUGCUGUUGCAAGAGAACUCGAGAAACACGAGACUCACCUGGACAUUCUUUGUUCAAACGCUGGGAUCAGAAGAGACCCGCCAAAGAUGUGCAACGUCAAAACUGCGUCGCUGGACGAAUUGCAAGAGUCUCUGUGGUCUUCGCGGCAUUCGGAUUGGGACGACACUUUCCGUGUCAAUGUUACGGCCCACUACUUUUUGUCGGUUGCACUGCUGAAGCUGUUGGUGGCAGCGAGCGAUCUUGAUCUUGGAAAUGGCCGGAAGGGUCGAGACGAGGGCCGAGGGGUGAUGAUCAUUACCAGUAGCUGUGCCAGUAUGCAUAAUUGCACAAAUGUCGAUUUGACCAGCUAUGCGGCAAGCAAAGCGGCGAUUGACCACUUGGUUGCUCUGUUGGCGAGCAAGUUCGCAAGAUGGUACGUCAGAGUCAAUGCCAUCAACCCAGGCUUUGUUCCUAGUAGAAUGAACCCGGUUGAAGAAGGCGACAAUCAAUUUGCAGAGCUCUUCAGGGCAAUGCCAGCAGCAAGGAUUGGAAAGAUGGAGGAUAUUGCAGGAGCAGUGCUAUAUUUGAGCAGCCAAGCAGGGGCUUAUGUUGAUGGGAGAUGCCUCUGUGUCGAUGGCGGACGAGUUCUUCUCGCAAACGGACAAUAA